AUGCAGAAUCCCAACGACGCCGCAUAUCGGCCGGCCGAAAAUUUGCGAAGGGGUGCCAUGGAGCACGCCUUGGCGAAAGCAGCAGCGAGGUCGGAAAAUAUUCUCGGCUCAUCUGAAUCGGAAUCCACGUCAAGCUCAGAGAGCGACAUCUUUGAUGACGAAGCGCGCAGGCACCCAAUUCCCAAGCGUGUCCUAUCAGCAGUCGAAGUGCCGAUGAUUGUCAUGAAUCUGGACCGGGCUGAAAAGGCGUUUGGAAGAAUCACCAGUUUCCAGAACGUGCUCGACUUGGAUCGCCUGAGCAUCCCCUUCUAUCUCAACCCAGAGAGUCCUUUCAGGAGACCUGUCAUGUCGCAUAACGCCGCUACACACAACGUUGUGCUCAAAAUCACUGUUCCCAAAAGAACAGGGAGGAAACGUAAGAAAGGCUCAAGCGGCCCCUUCGAGGGCGAGUCGAACGCGAUGGAGCCUGGGGCUGUGGAUGCGCCCUCGUCCUACGUAUGCUCCAAGGCACGAGAAGAUAACCCAAGAGUCUUACGGCGGAAGCUACAAGACAACAUCGACGACUACCGUGUUGAGCCGGUUGGCCUUGUGAAGGGCACGCACCGAUUUCGAGGCCCAGCUGACUUUCAAUGGAACAUGGACGAGUCGCCUUUUAUCAAGCGAUUUCAAGAGGGCGUCAUGUCUGGCGACCUCAACAAGAUGCGAGAGUUCAAAUUCAACGAGGGAACAGACCUGGGUCCGAAUGUUGAGCUAAUCCCACCUCCACAAUGGGCUACAACCGCCCUGCCGUUCAAUUAUACGUACGAGCAGAAUCCAUACGUGCGUCCCGAGAUGGACCCUAGUGGCAAACAAACAUUGGUCAACACACAGAUGCCGGUCUUGGUCGGAUAUUUCCUUAGUGCCGACCAGUACCCCGUACCAACGGGCCCGCAGUUCGAGUAUGAUGGCGGUGACCUGAGGUUGAGAUGUGCAUCACUCUCUCCAAGGAGCUUAUGGAGGACAGGCCGAUAA